GGGCGGGGGACCGACCGCCGCGCAGCCCAGGCCGCCGCGCGCACACACCGGGCCCGGCUCCCGAGGGCGCCAGCGCGGCCCCGGGGAGCGCGAGGAGCCGGCGAAGUGCGCGGCGUGCCGUUGGCGGCCUGCUCCGCAGCGCUCUGCGCCCACCCGCCCCGGACGUGGGGCCUAAGCCCCCGUGAAGAUGGUGUCCUGGAUUAUCUCCAGAGCCGUGGUGCUGGUGUUUGGAAUGCUUUAUCCUGCAUAUUAUUCAUACAAAGCUGUGAAAACAAAAAACGUGAAGGAAUACGUUCGAUGGAUGAUGUACUGGAUUGUUUUUGCUCUCUAUACUGUGAUUGAAACAGUAGCAGAUCAAACAGUUGCUUGGUUUCCCCUGUACUAUGAGCUGAAGAUUGCUUUUGUCAUAUGGCUGCUUUCUCCCUAUACCAAAGGAGCAAGUUUAAUAUAUAGAAAAUUCCUUCAUCCACUUCUUUCUUCAAAGGAAAGGGAGAUUGAUGAUUAUAUUGUACAAGCAAAGGAACGAGGCUAUGAAACCAUGGUAAACUUUGGACGACAAGGUUUAAACCUUGCAGCUACUGCUGCUGUUACUGCAGCAGUAAAGAGCCAAGGAGCAAUAACUGAACGUUUAAGAAGCUUCAGUAUGCAUGAUUUAACAACUAUCCAAGGUGAUGAGCCUGUGGGACAAAGACCAUACCAACCUCUACCAGAAGCAAAAAAGAAAAGUACACCAGCCCCCAGUGAAUCAGCAGGUUUUGGAAUUCCACUGAAAGACGGAGAUGAGAAAACAGAUGAAGAAGCAGAGGGGCCAUAUUCAGAUGAUGAGAUGUUAACACACAAAGGGCUUCGAAGAUCGCAAAGCAUGAAAUCUGUGAAAACCACCAAAGGCCGCAAAGAGGUGCGGUACGGGUCACUAAAAUAUAAAGUGAAGAAACGACCACAAGUGUAUUUUUAGUCAUCUACACUUCAAAUAUCCCAAGACAGAUUAUGCUAAAUACAUUGACUUCAUCUUCUAACAUGAUAUAUUCAGGAUUUACACAUUAAAAUGACUAUUUAAAUUGUGGCAGUGAUGGGAUUUACUUUCAUGAAUUUAAAUUGUUUUUAUUUCUGUAACAAUUGCUUCCAAAUAUUGACUACUAAAGGCAGUUCUGCAAGAUGUACUAAUAUGUAUAUUAGAAAUUAUAGAAAAUCAUGUUGUCCGUUUUCAAAUUCAUCAACAGCCUAGAGUGCCUGAGAUAUAAGAUGAAACACAAAUCCACAGUAUACUUGAAAGGAGCCUUUUUAUGGUUCAGGAUAAAUCAGCCUUUGUGAUGUACUGUGUUUACCUCCUUUUGUGUUAUAUCUGGUAAUUAAAUAGGCCUCAGAUCCAGCAGUGACAUAACAAGGACAUAAUGUAAGAUAAUAAAGUAUGUUUUAUAUAUUCUUUAAAUUUUUACUUACAUAAUACUUUCUAGUUUUUCCACCAUCAGCUGAAAGUUUUUGAAACAAAUAUUUGAAAACCAGGUAUCCACACAUAGCACUUUUAUUCCUGACUAGUUUUGCACACUUGAAAAUUGUUUACUUAUUUUACAACUGUUUUACUGACGCUAUCUUUAUUGUUGUUUGCCGUAUUCUGACAUGUCAAAUCUAUGCCUUGAAUUAUAUCAUCUCUUUUCCUGUGGGUUUCAUUUGUUAAAUUCAUUGGAUUUUAAUAAUAUAAAAGUAUAGCUAAUUGUUCAGUUUUAACAAUUUUUAAUUAUCUUCUUAACAAAUAAGAAGUUGCUUUAAACAUUAACCAAUUUUCUAUAUUUAGCUAUAUAGAGUAGUUGAACUUAACAUGUUUUUGUCAACACCAAUUACAUUUUCAGCUUUUAAAAAUGGUAGCUUUUGUGAAAUAGAAUCAGUGACCAGUAUAGCACUUAGAUCCCUUCUAACUCAUAUAAUUUUUCUCAGCCAAUCCAUUCACAAGCUUGGCAUUGAUAUGUGCUGCUAGUUUAUAAACUGGCGUUGACGAAAAUCAUUUGAAUCUCUUCUGGCUGAGAUAAUUUGCCAAUGCAAAAUACAGUCGUCAUUGGGCCGGGCGCGGUGGCUCACGCCUGUAAUCCCAGCACUUUGGGAGGCCGAGGCAGGCGGAUCACAAGGUCAGGAGAUGGAGACCAUCCUGGCUAACACGGUGAAACCCCGUCUCUACUAAAAAUACAAAAAAAUUAGCCGGGCGAGGUGGCAGGCGCCUGUAGUCCCAGCUACGCAGGAGGCUGAGGCAGGAGAAUGGCGUGAACCCCGGGGGGCAGAGCCUGCAGUGAGCCGAGAUCGCGCCACUGCACUCCAGCCUGGGUGAAAGAGCGAGACUCCGUCUCAAAAAAAAAAAAAAAUACAGUCGUCAUUAAUCCUGCACAUUAGAAAUUAUUAGAAACAUAUUACUUUUUAACUUUAAAUCUCAAAGAGAUUUUGAGUUAUUGAACUCUUAAGGCUUUUUUAGCUUGAACUGAUAACUAUGCAUUACGAACCCUAAGUCAAUAUAUUUUUGGUGGUUUUAGUGAUCAGUAAUCAAAUUUGUACUUACUAUGCUUGUUCAGGUAAUUUACUUGACUGUUCUAUUUGUUUGUCCAAAAGAUAAAAUGAUGAGAGAGAUUUGAGAGAUCUUUGAUCUGUCUCCCUUUUAAGAAAUGAAGCCAGCUGGUAAUGUAUAUUCAGGACUUCCUCAGAGUAUUGGCCAAGAACAUAAUGUUUACACAGGAGUACCUUGGUAUAAUGCAUAGUCUCAUGAUAAUAGUCAUAAAGUAUUUUAUGGAUUAUUUCACAUUCUUCAUAUAUAAUAAGUAAAAUUAAUUCAGUUUUUUUCUCCCAAAGUUUAAUUCUGAAUAACUCUGUCUACUUUACCCUAAUUUUUAGCCUCUUAGUUUCCGGAAGGACUCUAAUUUCUAUUCCAAAUUCCUAUGAAUUCUAAUUGUAAAUUCUCGGAAGAGAGUUUUAUUUAUAUGACCUGGUACUAGACUUCUUAAUAUAACUGUUACACUGUCCUUGUCUUUCCUACUUAAAGGCAAUAUCAUCUGAAGUUGCCUAAUAAGGUCACGUGAGUCGAGUCAAGAACUUUAUCUGUGGGAGCUGAUUUGCACCAUUUUACCUUUUUUUUUUUUUUUUUGGAGACGGAGUCUUGCUCUGUUGCCAGGCUGGAGUGCAGGGCACGAUCUCGGCUCACUGCAACCUCUGCCUCCCGGAUUCGAGCAAUUCUCCUGCCUCAGCCUCCCGAGUAGCUGGGACUACAGGCACGUGCUACCACGCCCAGCUAAGUUUUGUCUGUUUAGUAGAGACAGGGUUUAACCAUGUUGCCCAGGAUGGUCUCCAUUUCUUGACCUCAUGAUCCGCCUGCCUCGGCCUCCCAAACUGCUGGGAUUACAGGCGUGAGCUACCGCGCCCAGCCACCAUUUUAUCUCUUUAAAAUCUAGUCUCAGUAUUAAACCUAUUCUUUAGUAAACUCAUAUUACUGUUCUAAAUUGAAGAAAUUAUUUAUUCCUCUGUACUUCUUGACUCAAAAUUCCUUAUCAAAGAUAGUCUCAAAGAGGUAGUACAAGUCCUGUUUAACUGUACUUUUUCACAUUCACAGUGCUUCCUCUGACAUCUUUCCUUACAUCAUUAUACACUGUUGAUAUCAUUUUACUCUUCUUUCUCUUUUACAUUUCUUAAAUUUUGGUUCUUUUCCUGUACCUGUGUUUUAGCGGGCCCUUUUCUUUGAACUUUGUCUAAUUAGCCUAUACAUUUUUGUUUCUUUUAAGAUAGAACAGAUCUUUUUUUGUUUCUCCUUUUAAGUCUACUGGUUUUAAAAGAGGUAAAUGUAUCCAUAGACCAGAGUGCCUUGCUUUUUCCUUUGCCAGCACAUGGAGCACGGGAUUAGAUGCACAAACCUAUUUAGGGAACUAUUUUGGUAACUGUUUGAGUUUACCCAGAAAUUGCAGCUGGUAUUUUAUUUUACUGUACAUUUACUCAACUUGUCCAUUAGUAUUUAACUAUUUCCAGAGUAUGUUUAGGAGUAAGAAUUGACCCAUUCUUUAGUUUACCAUAUUUUUCCUGGUAUAAAAAGGAGCCAGAAAUAAGCCUUAUUGCUAAAUAAUUAAUUAUGUAAGCCCACCUAGGUCCUGCAUAAGAUCCCCCUCACAUACUUCACACUAUAUAUAUAUGUGUAUGUGUGUAUGUGUAUUUGGCUAAAAAAUUGUACUGCCAAAAUUACUGAUUAUAAAUACUUGACUACGCUGAUUGAUGGGACAAAAUGAUUAAAGUAUUUUCAGGGAUCUUAUUCCAUAUGUCACCACCAAAGAUUUCUACAGUGUUAUAAAGUAUAUAAAUAUUCCAAAUUUCUGUGGUUAAAUAUUUUUUCUUUUUUUUCCUUUUUUAGAAUAACACAGUCUGUGCUUUCCAAAAAUGCUUGAACUUUUAUGUUGUUAAGACAUAUAUAAUGAUAUCUUACAUUAAGCAUGAGUCUAAUUUGUAUUUUUAAUUGGGAUAGAUUAAAUUUUCAUUUGAUUAUCAGGAAAAUUAAGGAGUUACAUAUUUAAAAGCAAUUUUCUGUGUUUUCUUCUUUGUAAGUUGACUCAUUUGUGAAGCAAUUAGGUAAACUUUGAGAUCAUUGUUAUUGUGGUUUGCAGUAUAUAUUUCUUAGUAAAUAUCACAAGAUUAAAUUUUUCAGAAAGAAAAUUAUAGCUUUUUUCCCAAAAUAUUUUUAAGAUUUAAUCUUUUUGUAGUAUGCUACAGAUUUAAUGUAUAUUAACUCUUUUUUUAAGACAUUGACCAUGACUUAACAUUUUGUCUUCUAACACCUUUUAAAUCUAUGUACUUUAAUAGUUAAGAGAAAAUAAGUUUGCAGAUUUUUAAUAAUCUCUUUGUAAAGGCUAUCUCUAAGCCUAGUAUGUGGGUAAUUUUACAGGUGUGUUUUUUGAUAACUUUAAUAUAAAAUAAACUCAUUUUAUUUGUGGCAA